CUUUUUCUCCUCCUACCACUAAGCCGUUUGGCUCAGAUUUGACACGCGCCCGCCUCUGCCGCAACGCCGCUUGCAGCGCUUCGUCAUGGACGGCCUGAUGUACUCGCCGGUGCUGCGCCACGGCGCGCCCGAGGCUGCGCGUGCAUCGUUGGGAAAGACGCAGUACCCCAGCGUAGUUGGCGUGGCAGGGAACCCGCAAGGAGACCGCCUCCUGAACAGCAUGGAUGCCAGCAACAACACCAACACGGGGAAACUCCACGCCAGCGGGGUCGCCAGCGGGGCCGCGAUGGCCGCGCGCUCUCCUCGCAGCACCGCGGGCUGGUCGCAGCCACAGCGCCGCUUGGUGGCGUCCGCGAUGCCCACGACUCCGAGAGGCAAAAGCAGGCCCAUCCUGGUGGCGCCUGCGGUGCACAUGACACCCAGCCCGUUCCCUGGCGCGGCUGCCGCGUUCACGCACCACCUGUCGCAAGAGCAGGUGCCGCCGCAGGCGCAGCAGCAGCAUCAGCAUCAGCAGCAGCAGCAGCAGCAGCAGCAGCAGCAGGCGCACGGCCCGAUGCCGCCGCCCCCCGUGGGGACGAUGCCUCCGCCGCCGGCGCCCAGCUCGCCGACCGCCGGCACGGACGGGGAGAGGCUCGCCACCACGCCGCGGUCGACCUCUAUGAGGUCCCCUAGGCGCGGCGCCAGUCAGAAGGCGGCGGAGGACGACAAAGCCGAAGACGGCGCGGGCAGGAGGACUCCGCCGCCGAUGCGGUUGCCAGGCAUGGACUUCCUCGUGAAGCUCGGCGAGCGCGUUCAGUACCUUGAGGAGCAGCUUAAGUGUGGCGAGGAGCCCUCGCAGCAGCAGGCGGCGCUGCGCGAGAGUGUCCUGGAGAAGGUCAAGAGCACGUCCCUGGAGGCCCUGAGACACUCCUUCAGCCAGCAGUCGGUGAACCUGCAGGAGCAGCUAGCCAACCUGCAGGACAAUGUGCUGUCCAGCCUUGAGAGGGGCAUGCGCGAGGCUGAGAGGCGCCUCCAGGGGCAGGUCGAGGAGAUGUGCGCCCAGGCCAACCGUGGUGGCACCGCCGCCGAGGACGCCGACGGCGUUGGCCUCAAGGAACUGCAGGAGAUGCUUGAGACGGAGCGCCAGGAUCGCUCGGACCUCGCGGAGAAGCAGAGCGACGUAUUGCACGGCAUCAUCCAGGAGUUCACGGCCUUCAAGGAGAGCGCCGAGUCGAGCUCGCAGGAGCUGGCGCAGCUCAGGGCCGAGG